UUACGAUAGUAACCAACGACGAUGCAACUAAAUAUUGAACAUUGAUUAGGAAAAGAUCCGUUUCAAUUGUUAUUAUAGUUUUUAGCUGUAUAAUUGAAGGAGUAAAUUGUGAAAAAUUAUCUUAAAUAAAACAAUUUGCAAAAAAUGGCGACGUUUAUGUGAUAUAAACAGCCGAUACGCAAAAUGUGCCAGUUUACAAAAAUGACAAAUUCGUUAGGAGAAAACAUCAAUAAACAAUGACGCAACUUUUUCGAGCGGGCAAACCGACAAUUUGCUCUAUACUUAAAAAUUAUAGCAAUCAAAGGUAUCAACAGAAUCAUUAUGAGACUUUAAAAGUUUCAUCUGGUGCAUCGCAAGAAGAUAUCAAGCGAGCCUUUCUCAAAUUGUCAAAGCAGCUGCAUCCAGAUAUUAGUGGAAGAUGCAGUCACACUGAUUUUGUGAAACUAAAUGAAGCUUAUUCAAUACUAGGGAAAGCAAGUACAAGACGUAAAUAUGACGAAGAUCUAAAGUAUAAAUACGAUCCAUAUAUGUAUAAUCCCUCACAAAAUAGACAAUAUAAGAGUCAAUAUCAGAGUCAGUGGGAAUAUGAGGUACGUACAGCAGGAGGAAUAUGGCCACCAUCAUCUACAAAAAAACCAAACACAUCCAUCGGACUCGCUAUUGCCCUUUUGUUUUUUGGGCUUGGGUUAUUUCAACUCUUUUUUAUGAUGCACUCUAUGAAGGUGAGAAAACUUAAUCAAUUACGAAGUAUGCAAUUAGAACAUCAAUAUUAUCACAUACAAAAAGAAGCACAUAAUCGAACCAGUAACACGCAUCAACUAAAUGAAACAAAUAUUAACGAGAUUCUCACUGAGGAUAGUGAAAGGUAGUAAAUAUCUUAUUAGAAUUUGAAUUAAAAGAAAUGUAAAUUGUAAAUGUGUAAUUAGAGGAACAGAAUUAAAAUAAAUUAAAUAUUUAUUACAUCA